AUGAUUGGGAUCAUUGGGCUCAUAUUUUAUUGGCGCUACUUUAGAGGGUAAAAGUUUGUUACAUUAAUCCAGUGAUAUAUAUUUUACUAUUCUAUUAUCGUAACGUUUCUAAAGCAGUGCGGGUUUACCCAAUUUGUGCAGAGAUACAUUGUAGUGUAUGGAAAGCUAAAAUAUAUUAAUUUGAGAUUUUUGCGCGAAGGGCGUUUCUUUUUGACAAUCUCAACCAUAGCUUACUAACGCUCUACAAUUUGACAUUCUAAGUGUUGCUAGAUAGGGUCUUAAAUUUUGUUAGAAAUACAGGGUUGUUUCGUAGGAUCUUUGUUUUCAUUUGAAGAUUUUUUGAAAAAAUAAAAAAUAAUAAAUCUUAAUUCGUGCUAAAUCGACUUCAAAGUAAUUUUGUCUUUUUUAACAUUUUAUUUUCUUAGAAAGUGGCACCAUGAACAGAAGGAUCAUCGGGUAAGGUGAUUAUAUUCCUGCGCAAUAAUAUACAACAACAAGAACAAAAUAGAUAAUCAGUGUCUACAUAUUAUCCCAAAGACGCCUCCCUGUGAUUAACUAGUAUCUUCAUAGUACAUGACCCAGGUCACCUUAUGACCAUGGUGGACUUUGGCAUCUGUGGAUCACUAAUUAAACAAUAUUAUAGGUCAACUCCUUGUAUAUGAAUUCUGUAAAGGUGGACCAGCAUAUCCCCACUGGUGAAAAAGGGUAUAUCAAUACGCGUUUUCACGCUCUUUACAAAAACAGGCGGGACAGAGAAGUUUCUGCCUCAUGGAUUCCGUUGACCCAAAACGCCCGUGCCCCCUGAUCAAGGAGCUGUAAGACUGAAUCUUUAAAUUAAGCGCCUUUUAUUUGUGUCUAUUUUACAGAAUACCGUUAUGAUGAGCAUACAUAGAAACUCAGCAUUCCAAGAGGAUGAUGACAAUGCGAACAACUCGCUUGCUAUUAGAGCAAACGUAAUGCGUAAGAAAACACAUUAAACAAUCAAUAUGUAACUGAUCUGGGCAAUUGUAAAAUAUCUCAUAAACUCUGGAUCCGGGUCAAUUAAUUACACUACCGGUACUUUUGCUUUUGAUGCAUCUAAAAAACGGGAAACCACGCCCUCCGAUUUUUUUAAAAGAAUGCCUUAUUUAUAACCAAUUUUAUAACCAAUACAAAAUUUACCUUCCAAAUAUCCAAUAAGGUGGAUUUCCACUGUCGCGUAAUUUUUACGUGCGCAUGCGCACGUAUAUUUUACGCGCGUAAAUAAAAUAGAGGCAAUGUAAGGAAGGUUACGCGUGAACGUUGAAAUUUCGCUCAACUUUAACGUUUACGCACGGCCUUUCAAGGAUGGCGUAUAUUUCAUUUACGCACUAAAAUUUUACGCGACAUUGCAUGGAAAUCAACCCAUACGGUCAUUUGCAGUUGAUUUCUCUGCUCUAUUAAUAAUCAUUUCUAUAAUCUAUCACCUUCUAUUUUUUAAUCUAACAUUGUACGUACGACUGUUUGUACCUUUCAUUUUUCUUUCCCAGUUACUUGUAGUUUUGUAUAAAUGUCUACGCCAGUUGCACAAGGCAGUCAAAAAAUCAAAAGCCUAAGCUUCUCUGGUCGCUGGACACAUUUUACCUUUCACCAUUUACCCAAUUUUUUUUUUCGGUUCUUGCAAUAUACUGUAAUGCAUGAAGUUACAUCUUGUAAUCCUGCAAAACAUUAUAACGCUGAACCCGCAUGAUAUAGUAAUUGCUAUGCCAGUGAGGCAUAACUGCGUCGCUGCCGAUAGACAAUAGGGAGCUUUAGCAACGACGACGGCAACUGCAGCGAAAACGUCAGUUUUAAAAUGAAUUCCCGUUUUUUAAAUUUUUGGUCGCGUUUAUUCCAAUUUGCUAAAAAUGGCAAGUGUACGCGAAUUUCCCUGGAGUUGAUUUCUUGAGGACCGCACUCAAGUUUAGAGAGAGAAAAAGAGAUUCGUCGUUGCUUGUUUACGUUCUCCAUAAAACUUGCAAUAAGGCAUUUUCACGUCGUAGUCGUGCAAGGACGGUAAAGAAAUGUACAAAAAAGCGUGAUGCACGUGCAAAGUUGUUGUUUUGCGUAAUAAAUUUUGACGUCCUUGUUGCCGUCGCCCUCGUCGUUGCUAAAGCUCCCUAAUAUUCAGAGCAAAGUGAAGUCAAUAGGGAGCUUAACCCUUUAAGCCCCAGUAUCCACAUACAAAUUCUCCUGACUGAUCUCUAUACGUUUCCUUAAAGAUUUAGUUGAGAGAAUUUGAUAAUAGAUCAAGGCAUUCUCUCUUGGGUGAUCAUUUUAUUAAUUCUCAUAGUUAACUUAUCUCUUGAGUAUGGAUAUUGUUAGGAGAUAAUUGAUGUUGGUCACUAUUGGGACUUAAAGGGUUAAGCAACAACGACGGCGACGGCUACGAAAACGUCACUUAAAAAGUGAAUUUGCGCUACUUCAAAAAAUAAAGCGCUUAUUCCAUUUCGUUCAGUUCGUCAGAUGUUGACAAUUUUUUGUGGAGUUGAAUUCUAAAAGACUCUAUCGAAGUUCAGGAAAAAGAAAAAGAAAGUCGUUGUCUUGCGUUCACGUCCUCCACAAAACGUGAAAUUAGGCAUUUCAACGUCGUAGUCGUGCAGUGACGCCGAAAAAAAUGUAAGGUCAUAGACAGCGAGUAAAUCGAGCCAAGCAGUAGCUCGAAAAUAAAGCUCAACCGCUAAAAUGUUCGUUUCGAGCCGGUAGCCAGCACGGCACUUAUUAGAAGUCUAAACAUUCUCCAGCUUCGCGGUCGAAUUUGUAAACUUGGUAAAAUACUGAUGUUUGUCUUCGACUAUCAUUAAUAUUUUAAAAUAAGUAGUCCCCAGGGUGACUUUGAAUUUUCAGUUAAAAUAGAGUCAGUGUAAUCCCUUAGCACUUUACUUUUGUAAUUGACUGAAUAAAACUUUAAAAUAUACAAUCACAUAUGUUCAGAGUGAAACACUUCUUAAUUCCUCAUUUGUUUCCCUUGUAGGCACAAUUUCCAGCCGACAAACUUCGCAGGUACGUCUUUAAAGUUAUUAAAAUAGCAAUAAUUAAAUAUAAUAUUGAUCUUGAUCAUCUGCCACGUUGCUGAUCUGAUUUUAUGUUGCUUAUUAUUCUGUGAAGUUGGCACCCUUUUUAUUUAUGGAAGACUCUGUGAAUCACGGUUGUUCUCACGGUCCACCAGUUGUCUGCUGUUAGUGAGAAGAAAGUGAAAUCACAAGUGUUUCAAUUCAGCCUAUUUUCAAUGUCAUGCCGCAAGGGGGAUCGGCUAAGUCAGUCAAGACUGGGGUAUAAGCUGGUUGUUCUUGUUCUUCCUACUUGUUUAUUUACUGUUUUUAUUCUUUUAUUUAUUUAUUAUUAUUAUUUUUCUAACGCCCACAGUCUUCACCCGACCAAACUGAUGUUGGAUACAUGAUGAUGAAAGACCCUUCUUGCCCCGAGAGAACUUAUGAUUACGCUUACGCAAAUCCUGUACAAGUAACAAACUCUUUAAUCUUGAUCUUGUUUUAUUCAUUUAUCUAUUUGCUUAUUUAUUUAUUUAUUUUUUCUAACGUUCACAGUCUUUUCCCGAGGAAACUGACGUUGGAUACAUGAUGAUGAAAUAACCCUCUUGCCCUGAGAGAACUUGAUAAAAUGAUUACGCUCACGCAAAUUCUUUUUGAAAUUUUGAUCUUGUUCUAUUCAUUUAACUCUUUGCUUAUUUAUUUAUUUUCUCUACCGUCCACAGCCCUUUUCCGAGGAAACGGACUCUGGAUAUAUGAUGAUGAAAGGAGCUUCUUGCCCCGAGAGAACUUAUGAUUACGCUUACGCAAAUCCUGUAGAAAUGAAACCUCCUUCUUUAAUCUCGCGGAGCACAAAAACGGUGUGCGUUCCCGCUGAUGCCUCUGCUAAUCAACAAUCACCAUCUGUUGAAGUCAGGUCACCAGCCAUUUAUAUUAGUAAAAAUUACGAAGACACGAAGAAUAUUAAUGCAAAGAGCAGCUUAUUUACUGAAGGUAAAAACGAUUGCGUUAACGAUGAAUGUUAUCGAAUGGACGAAUAUAGUGAUUUGUCUCUAGCAAUUUUCUUUCUCUUUUUUGGUACCUAAACAAUUUCUAUAGUAUAUCCUCGGACAAUCACUAAGUAAAACGGAAUUCCUCGCCACUAGUGUCACCGACCUAUGUACUAGGUAACUUGUUAAAUAUUCUAAAUAAAGAUUUGAAAACAACGAUCAGAAAUGUUUAAAGAAAAGGACUGCUGAACUCUAAAUAUUUUUGCCUUGUAGGGACCGUACCCAGCCCAAUUUUACAGGUACACUUUAAUAAAUAGAUAAUAUAAAGAAUAAAAUUGCACCUAUUAUUAUUCUAACGGGAUGUUUGCUGUAUAGCUUAUACCUUCUAAUGAUGCUACAUAUUGAGACUAUAUCGUGGGUGUAAUUUUGUGUAAUGGGGAGCAAUAAUAUUUUGAAAAGUUGAAAUUCUGCUACUUUUUGAAAAUAUACUCUUCCUCUAUCCCAUUCAGACUGGGCAUUUUUGGGCUUCUUGGAACCGGCCUCAGAGACACGCUCCCUUUCACUUUAAAACUUUAAAUAUACUUGUAUCUUAGCCACGAUCAAGUUGAGGUCAUUUUUUUAAAUUAUGGGUAAGUUUACUAGCUGGAUCUGUAUUUUCCAAUUACUUACACCAAGAAUAUAUUUGUAGCAGAAAAAGAUAAAAAAUCAAUGGGUGAUAAAAUUAUAAAUUUAGUUGACGCUUUGACAGCUUUACCAGAUUCAAAUUUAUCCUUUUCUUCAGAAAAGUUGCAUUUAGUUACAUUUCCUGAUCCAAAUAAGACGAAUGGAGCAUAACAGUCUUCUUUCGAUCGUCCACAGUCUUGUCCUGAGAAACCUGAGACCGGAUACAUGACGAUGGAAGGAUCUCCUUGCUCCAGUAGUGCUUACGAUUACGCUUACGCGAAAACUUCAAAACACACUAGACGAAUAUUGGUUUCCCGGGCAGGAAUGAAGUGCGAUAAAAUCUCCACUGGACACUUCGGUGAAAAUACGUCAAGAAAUCAACAACAAUCACCAUCUGAUGAAUUCAGAUCAUCUGCAAUUUAUACUGAUAAAGAUUACAAGAAUGCAGAAGACACCUGUGUGAAGAACAGUUUAUCUUAUCAAAGAGCAAACGACGAACGUUUGCAGGUGGAUUGUGGAGCUUCUGCUCUGUCAUAUGAAAACUUCGCCGACAGCAGCUCGAGGCAUUUCUCAACGGAGAGAACCGAUCCUGAGGAGUAUGUUGAAAUGGGAAAGAGAAGAGGAGUGCGGUUUGCGGAUAGUAAAGAUAAAAAUGGUCACAAUGGCUUAUCCAAAGAAGAAGAAGAAGGCCCUGGAAAUCUGGUUCUCGUGAAAACUGGGAAGCUCAGAUCAUCUGCAAGUUCCCCUGAUAAACAUUACGAGAACAUAAGUGCAAAGAAUAAUUCAUCUAAUGAAGGUGAAAACGAGGAGAGUUUACGGCUAGAUUGUAGAGCUUGUGGUUUGCCUUAUGAAAACCUUCCUGGUAGCAGCACCAGCCAUUUUUCAGCGGAGAGAACCGAUCUUGAGGAGUAUGUCGAAAUGAGUAAGAGAAGAACCGUGCAGCUUGCAGAUAGUCGUGUUCAACCUGGUCUUCAUGGUUUCCCCGGGCCGACAUUGAAGAGGGUCCUUUCCAACUUGAGCCCCUGUAAUGAGAAAAAUGAUGAGAAAAUGGACGAGAAGGACGACGAUGACGGAGUCGAAAGAUGAUAGCGAUGAUAAUAAUUCUCGAGUGCCUAAUAAGACUGACGAUCAAGGGCUGUAUGGCAGCCGAUACAUACUGUACCACAGCAACGUCUAAGGUCGGAAAAAUCACAAAAAAAAACCAACAACAAACAACGGACCUCUGCGUGACAUUAUGGUGUUUUAUAGCUGUUGUGAAUUUUUUAUUUGCAAUGAAACUGUUUUUAUAAGCAAAGGUGAGGAAAAAGAAACCACAAGACUUUUUCAGUUUUGUCAUUUUUGUCUUUGUAUUGUGUAAAUACAAGGCGAAGCCAAACGAAACCUUUAUUAAUAUAAAUUUCCAGCUUGAGCCCCUAUAAUGAGAAAGAUGGUGGGAAAAUAGACGAGAAGGACGACGAUAACGGUGACGAAAGAUGAUGGCGAUGAUCAUAAUUCUCGAGUGCCUAAUAAGACUGAUCGAUUAAUGUUUUCGUCGGUGAUACCGGCCAACUCCAAUCAAGUCUAUUUAAGCCCAAUAGCUCAAUUGGUCUCUCUACUGUUUACCUACCAGGGACGGAUCCAGGAUUUUUUUUAGGAGGGGGUGCACUCGUCUCUUGCUCUAGUUCAACACCAAUAAACCGCAUAUAUAUAUUUUUUUGAAGAAUACCAGUUGUAUUAGAAAACCGCAGGUCAUCUCUGGGGGGAGGGGGGGGGUGCGCACCCCCUGCACCCUCCCCCUAGAUCCGCCCCUGCCUACAGUUACUGGUUGGUUUAUCCGUUGGAAAGCACUUUGAACAACUAGGCCAUGAAUGAUAACCUCGCUUAAGUGCUUUUAAAAAUUGCAAUUGUACAUGUAGAACUGUUUGAGUUUAAAAUAGCCUGUCUCAUUUCUAAUCAGUAGUUACAUUAAAACCUGGUACGGUAAGGAUGCCAUAAAAAGUUACAUACAACCUUGAAGAGUUACUACAACCUUCUAUGGAUUAAAAUUGUUCAGAUAUGCUGCUCCUCAAGUGUGGAAUACGCUGCCCGAUAACAUAACAACUACUGAAUCUGUCAUUGCUUAAAAGCGCGCUAUUCAUAAUAUUACCGUGUAGAUAAUUUUUUUUAAGACGAGUCUAAUAAUAUGGGCAUGCGUAGAAAUUUUAUACUUUCAUACUUUAUCAAUUUUACUGCAUUUCUUAAAUACUAUUAUCCUCGAAGAUACUAGAUCUCUUGAACUAUUCUAAAUCUGAGUUUAAAUAAAGUUAUAUUUAUGUAUGUUGUAUGUAUACAGAUACGUUUUUACUAAGUUACUUAAGGAUUUUACAUAUUUUCAACAACCAGGACAAGAAUACCCACAUGCAAUUCGGAAAAAGGAUGACUGACCAGUAUAUGUUGUGAGAUAUGAGGCCUGCAAUUCAAAUCGGUAGAACUAAAAGGAGACUAGAAGCUUCUUUAGCGAGUAACAACAACAUGUUUUCGAAGCGAAACGAAUCAAAUGAGGUAAACGGCUUCGAAACAAGGAGCAUUCAAUAUUCUCUUUUCUAUUGAACGACACAUAGCCAAAACGUACCUCGUGAAUGGAACCCUACUGAAAUAACGAUUAAUUUAGCAUGGCUAGAAAUGGUUAUUAUAGAAAAUACUCAUUACUUUUUUGCCUGUGUCUUGCAAAAUUCAAUAAUAUUCGACACCUUAAUAUUCAAUCCCCCAUUUCCAGUUAUCAUUGAACCACUUGAAGGAAACUGACAACAAUCCAAUGAAGUGUCAAUCUGAAAUAAAAAUGACGAUAUUCUUUCAAUACAAUUCAUUCUUUUUUCCUCUUAAAGCACUUACGGAAUAGCGAUUUUUGGACACAAGAACAGUCCACUGUACAAAAAAAAAGCAGUGCUGUUGCUUAACAAUAUAUCGAUAUUGCAAUUAAAAACAAAACGAUUUGCCUGGAGUCGAUGAAAAAGUGGUCACUUUUGUCUCAAGUUCUUCAAUUCUAAAAUCUCAACUCUUUUUUUCAGUAGGAGGGUACAAAUUUAUCUUUUGUGGAAAAAUGAAAACCCUUGCCAUAAAUGUUUUGGUCAAGUAGGUUUAAAAUGCACUUAAAGCGACCCUUAAUGCUUAAGAAGAGGAUAGCAUACCUAAAAUGGAAAUUGUUUCCAUAUAUUGAUGUGAAUGAGAGUCUAGUUGCUAAGUAAAAUGCUUAAGACUCCUUAAUAUUGAAACAAAUAUAUUUUUCGAGUGUAGCCACAAAUACAUCUCAACAUAAUCACUAGAACUAUUCGUUUCGACAUUUCUGAGAUGGCUUGCUAUUUCCGGCCAGAUUUGGUUUAGAAAGUGUCAGCACAAUCUAAUAGAAAUUUAAAAUGUACAUUUUCUCGCUACAGAGAAAACAGGUACGUCUCUGUGUACGGACACUGGAAGAAAAGCUGAAAAACCUGGCUAA